AUGGGCAUCAAGAAAAAAUCCACUACCAAGAAGAAAUCCAAUCAAACCAAUAAGAGAAAGCGUGAUGAAAUUUCCAAGAGAGAGGCCAAUCCAGCUGAUGAAAACAAGAUCCAUGACAUUCCAACUGUAAGAUACAUCUUUGGGAACAGAAUUUGCAACAAUGUAGCAUUUGUGGAAGAUGUUUAUUGCAAUUUUAAGCCAUAUGAUGUUGCUUUGAUCAGGGCUCUCUUCAAAGCUCAAGAACAAAAACACCAAACGCAAGAUUUUAAUGAAAGUUUGAUCAAUAAUGUAGGGAAGGAUGAUGAUCAUGAUUGUGAUAUUGCUUUGUUUGAGUAUUAUGACACCACAGACAACAAAACUAAACUUUAUCAAAAUAGAAGAAAGGCAGUUAGUAUUACACUUUCUCAAAAACAAAGCAAUGUUUAUUUUUUUUCUAAAUGUGCUAAUUACAGUGCUUUUACAACAAAGCCAAUCAAAGCUUGCUUUGAAUUUGAUGAUUACAGAGUUUACAAAUGUAAGGAAAGCAAUUCCAAGCAGGCUGGUAAAUUCUCCUACCGAACUAUUUCAUCUACCUUGCUUAAACCAACAUGUGAAUCAACUUGUGGUUGGAUUUUAAUGAAUCCAAUCAAUAGAUUUGAAAUUAUUGAUGUUAUAUUUGAUAUUGAAAUGUAUAAUGAAUUGAAAGAUAUUCCAAAUAUUGAUUUACAACAGAGAAAGAUUGAUGAUGGAGAGAAUACUGAUAAACCAAUCACCCUAACUGAAAUUCCUAUUAUCAAUGACAAUCGAUACGAUAAAGACGAUCACAUUACCGCAUGUAUUGGUGAUUUAACCAAUGAUCAAUCUGUAUUUGAAUCACAAGUCAACCAUAACAAUCAGGUUAUAAUGUCUAUCCCUGAUUCGCCUCCACAAACUACUCAACCAUCUGCAAAUCCUAGUCCUGCUCAGCCUUGUGAAGAACACAAUAAUGAGCAGUACAAUUUGCUUCCUGCUUUGAGUUCCAAAAAGCCACUACUUGAUGAAGUCUUACUUGAUAUGAAAUGGUGUAGCUAUGAAGAAGAGUUCCGACAAGAAGCCACUAGUUUUAAUAAUUACUAUGAUGAUAGAUUAUGA